AUGCCUGAGCUUCUAAGCUUCUGGAACAAAAUGGCCGCCCGAUCCAAUUUUCCGAAUUUGCCCCAUAUCGAGAUUAUCAUUAUUCGCCUUCUCGUACUCGUGGGUUUUCCCGUAAAUCAUGAUCAUGGUAUUGUAAGUGAUCACGUUCUGCUCGAUUUCCUUUCUCUGCAUCAACCUGAACAAGUGAAUUGCCUCUCCAAAAAGGCCGGCAUCACCAAGAGUUUGUCGGCCUCCUUGGCCAUGUCGAGCUGGCCGAACACAUCAAUCAUGAUGUUGCACGUGAUUAAAUCGAGCGGGCACUCGAUUUCUCUCAUUUCCCUGAAAACGGAAAAGGCCUCCCGAAACUUUUUGUUCUCGACGAAUAGUCGAGUAACUAAGUGUGUCGGGCUCGACUCCGGCAGUCCUCAUCUCGUCAAGAAGAGCGCGGGCUUCACGGAAAAGCCUGGCCUUUCCGAAAAUGUUGAUCAUCAAGUUAACAAGAUCUCCACGGACAUUUGCCUGCUCCAUUUUCUGAAGCCAGGAGAGGGCGUUGUCGAAAAGGCCCGAUUUACCGAAAUGGGACAAUCCUCUGUGGGACAUUUCGUCGAACAGGCCAUGGGCGAUGACCCACUGCUUCGCCCUGAGUGCAUUGCGGAGGACGACGUUGUAGGCGAAGACAGAGGGGGUAUAGUGGGCCUCGUCUCGAGGAGGGCGAGCGAGCGCCGCCAGUCGGGCUCGCGGGAGAGGAGGGAGACAAUGAACCGCGAGGAGAGGACGCGUGAUUUGUACGGCGACAUGAGGGAGUGGAGCUCGCGCUCGUCGCGGGUCUGGCGGAUGGACGACAGGAGGUCGUCCAUGUCCACGCGGUGGUCGAUGUGGACGGAGUUGUGCUUCCGGUGA